UCCACUCCACAACCAAAGCAAAAGGCAUUUUAUUUUGAAAUCUGUUGAAAUUGUCUUGCAUGCAUCAAACGAUGUGAAGGCAUCCUUUUAAUAAAAAGAAUAUUAAUCUCUGUAGAUAAACAGGCUGCUCCGAAAAUACCACCUUCGAAUAAAUAAAUAAAUAAAUCGGCCGGUUUGGGCGGUUACCACGGGGAAUAAUUGCGGGGAGCUAAAAUCGAAGUGACGUUUGGGCGGUGGAGGAAAAGUGAGUCUCCUGUCUUGCUGCCUUAUAACUUGCACAACUCUGCAACCCCGACGCAAUACAGUGAACCCCAAUCUCCAUCCUCAACACAACAUGGACCACAAUAACAACAAUCCUUACCUACAGUUUGCGCCUGUUCCUCCCGCUACUAGUAAUGGACAUGGGACGAAUGGCAACAGAUCGAUGGGGAAGAUAUGUGAUGCUCUGAAUCGAUGCGGGAAAAGGGUCGAAGUGGCCACUAGGAAAGCAGAAGUCUAUGCUGAUAACAUCUGGCAUCACUUCAAGGUUAGUCCUAGUCUCACCGAUGCGGCAAUGGCAAGGAUUUCUCAAGGGACAAAGGUACUCACUGAAGGAGGACAUGAUAAGGUAUUCCAGCAGACAUUUGAGGUCUUGCCUGGAGAGAAGUUCUUGAAUGCAUAUGCUUGCUAUAUAUCAACUUCCACAGGACCUGUCAUUGGGACACUUUAUAUAUCCUCCAAAAAGGUGGCCUUUUGCAGUGAGCAUCCCUUCUGCUAUUAUUCUCCCACAGGACAGCAGCAAUGGAUGUAUUACAAGGUCGUGGUGCAGCCUGAUCGGUUGAGAGCAGUAAAUCCUUCUUCAAACAGAAUGAACCCUUCUGAUAAGUACAUCCAAGUUGUGACAACAGAUGGUCAUGAAUUCUGGUUCAUGGGGUUUAUAUCAUACGACAAGGCACUGAAGCAAUUAUGUGAGACUUUACAGCAGUCUCGUGACUCUUCUGGGGUCCCUGUGGCACACAGUGCAUGAUCAUGCUCCCUCCCGGCGGCAUGCUUAACUUAUGGAACAGAAUAUUGUGACGGUAAUGUUUUAUAAGUAGAAUAAUUUAGGUUGAUCGUCAAUGGACAAUGAAUGUUAAACAGGAAUAUUUGUGUUGACAAUUUGCUUAGAAA